AAAGAACUAUGGGAUUUCCCUCAUUAUAGCUCAUCAGUCAGUCACUGGUUGAGAAUGAUGUCUGAGAGCCUCAGUGUGAAAUCCAAGGGCCUCUAGGAUGUAGUUUUGGCUUCACCCUUAUCACUCACUGCAGCUUCACUAACAUCUUCUUUAAUCACACUCCUGUUUUGUGCUUUCAUGUGUUUAUUUGCUCUGAUCCCAACUAUUAGAAUAACCCUUUUCCUCCUCACUUUCAGGCAACCAUUCUUUCUUCUCAAUGAAAGUUCAGCUCCAGGAUUGUCUCUUCUAUAAAGACCCUCUUUUGUCUCCAAGAAGAAUUGCCCAACUUCCUUUUCCUGUUGUGUAUAAAGUUUCCAUUGUAAUACUUUCAUGUCAGCUUUCCUUUUCUAGAAUAUGAGCGUACAGAGGCACUGAUAAGGUGUUGCCUUUACAUCUUUAGUAUCCAAUUUUAUUUCUGAUCCACAUAUUUAGUUAGGAAGAAAGGGAAGAUAGAAGAUAGAGUUUCUAAGCGGUUUAAAUUAGUAUGUCAGAGUUUGGGGGAAAAGGUGGCAGGUCAUACGAUUUCCUGUGAUAAAUUUUGAAUACUCUGUUUUUAGUGUAAUUUCGGAGACAAAUUUGAAACACCUCAUCUUAAUUUAAAAGUGAAUUCUGUGUUUUGAUAGCUCAACUUUCUUGUGAGGUCAUUUAUUUUAAGUGACACCUCAUCUUUUUACUAGCAAACUGAGCAAGGGAAAAUGGUAACAUGAAAAGCUUUAAUCCUGUUUUCUGAAAGUGUACUGUCAGAAUAUCAAUAGAAUCAAUUUAAUAUGUUCUUUUAUACUCAUGUUUUCAAUCAUUCAUUCAAACAUGGUCACUAAUGUGUUAUGCUAGGGGAGGUCCAGUACUAAACAUUGGCAAUAAAAAGGAUAAAAUACCUACUUUCACGGUGUUCAUGGUCUUAAGUAGGCUAAUGACAGGCUGAAACAAGGAAGAAUCACCAUAGAAGAAUUUAGAUCAAUUUAUCGAAUUAUGGCACACAGAGAAGAAAUUAUUGAGAUUUUCAACACAUAUUCUGAAAACCAGAAAUUUCUUUUCGAGAAAAAUCUGCUUCAAUUUUUGAUACAAGAACAGUAUGCACUUGACAUGACCAAAAAUACUGCUUUUGAGAUCAUUCAAAAAUAUGAGCCUAUUGAAGAAGUUAAGAGAGCACACCAGAUGUCAUUUGAAGGUUUUAUAAGAUACAUGGGUUCACCUGAAUGUCUAAUAUUUAAAACUGAUUGUGGAAAAGUUUAUCAAGAUAUGAAUCAUCCAUUAAAUGAUUAUUUUAUUUCAAGUUCACAUAAUACAUACUUGGUAUCCGACCAGUUACUGGGACCAAGUGACCUUUGGGGAUAUAUAAGUGCUCUUGUGAAAGGAUGCCGUUGUCUGGAAAUUGACUGCUGGGAUGGAUCACGAAAUGAGCCUGUUGUUUACCACGGUUACACACUCACCAGCAAGCUUCUGUUUAAAACUGUUAUCCAAGCAAUAGAGAAAUUUGCAUUCCUAACAUCUGACUACCCCGUGGUGCUCUCUUUAGAAAACCACUGCUCCCCUCCCCAACAAGAAGUGAUGGCAGACAUUUUGCAGUGUGUUUUUGGAGAUUCCUUGCUUUCUGAUAUGCUUGAUGAUUUUCCAGACAGACUACCUUCACCAGAGGUAUUAAAAUUCAAAAUACUAGUUAGAAACAAGAAAAUAGGAUCCUUAAUGGAAACUCGUGCAAGAAAAGGUUCUGAUAAACAUGGUCAGGUAGCAGAAUAUGAAGAGAUAGAUCAAGAUGUGGAUGGUGAAGUCAAAGAAUCAAAAUCAUUGGCUGUUUUAGAAGACAAUUCAGAAGAGAAAUCAGACACAAUAAAUGUAGCUGGAUUACCACUUUUCAAGAGAAAGAGGGUAAAAGUGGCUAUGGCCCUAUCUGAUCUUGUCAUUUAUACCAAAGCUGAGAAGUUUAGAAGCUUUCAAUAUUCAAGACUCUAUCAGCAAUUUAAUGAAAGUAAUUCUAUUGGGGAGUCAGAAGCCAGAAAACUUUUAAAGUUGAAAGCCCACGAGUUUAUUCUUCACACCAGGAUGUUCAUUACCAGAAUUUAUCCCAAAGCAAUGAGAGCAGACUCCUCUAAUUUUAAUCCUCAAGAAUUUUGGAAUAUAGGUUGUCAAAUGGUGGCCUUAAAUUUCCAGACCCCUGGUCUGCCUAUGGAUCUUCAAAUUGGGAAAUUUUUGGAUAACGGUGGUUCUGGAUAUAUUUUGAAACCACAUUUCCUAAGAGAUAUUGAAACACAGUUUGAUCCAAACGAAACACCAAGAGACACUGAUCCAGUUACACUUACAAUAAGGCUUAUCAGUGGUAUCCAGUUACCUCCCAGUAACAAUUCAUCAUCUAACAAAGCUAACACACUAGUGAUUCUAGAAAUUUUUGGUGUUCCAGAUGAUCAUGUGAGACAGCAGACUCGUGUAAUUAAAAAAAAUGCUUUUUGUCCAAGAUGGAAUGAAACAUUCACAUUCAUUAUUCAGGUGCCAGAAUUGGCUCUGAUACGUUUUGUUGUUGAAAGUCAAGGUCUAAUAACUGGAAAUGAGUUUCUUGGCCAAUAUACUUUACCAGUUCUAUGCAUGAACAAAGGCUACCGUCGUGUUCCUCUGUUUUCCAAAAUGGGCGAGAGCCUUGAGCCAGCUGCACUGUUUAUUUAUGUGUGGUAUGUCAGAUAGCAACUAAAAUCCCUGACAUAUUGUUAGCUAUACAUCCUAAUAAAACAG